AAAAAAUCAUAGAUUUACAACUUCAUAGAUCCAUAAUUAAUAAAUCGACAACUUCAUAGAUCUUCCACUUCAUAGAUCUGCAACUUCAUGUAUCUAUAAUUAAUAGAUCUACAACUUCCUAGAUCAGUAACUUUCUAGAUCUCCAGCCCAUGCGGAUCAGAGUGAGGCUGCAGCGCACCCGCUGGGUGGAGAUCUGCCGUCUUGCAGCCCCUAAACCCGACGGCAGCAAAUCCGCUCCGAGCUCCGAUCAGGAAACUCAACAGGUGGAAGCGAGCGGCCGUCAUUCGUAAGUCUUUACACUUCACACCGACCUGUGUUCAGCGACUCGCUGUCCGUUCCCCUCGACGCGUCGGGGAGACACUGCCAGCGAUGGUCAUGGAGGAGCUGAACCACGCCAACGUGAAGGUGGCGGUUCGCCUUCGGCCAAUGAACAGGAGAGAGAGGGAGAUGAAGACUAAGUGUGUGGUGGAGAUGAAUGGAAACCAGACACUGCUUCACCCAGCCAACCUCAACCUCAGCAAGGACGACCCCAGGAACCAGCCUAAGGUGUUUGCCUACGACCACUGCUUCUGGUCCAUGGACGAGUCACAGACGGACGUUUAUGCAGGUCAGGACAAGGUGUUCCAGUGCCUUGGAGACAGUCUCCUUGACAACGCCUUCCUGGGAUACAACGCCUGCAUCUUCGCCUAUGGACAGACAGGCUCGGGGAAGUCGUACACCAUGAUGGGCUCGGCGGAGCAGCCAGGGCUGAUCCCGCGGCUCUGCUGCUCCCUGUUCGCCCGGACGCUGGAGGAGCAGCGCGAGGGCGAGGUGUUCACCGUGGAGGUCUCCUACCUGGAGAUCUACAACGAGAAGGUCCGAGACCUGCUGGACCCCAAGGGGAGUCGUCAGGCCCUCAGGGUGAGGGAGCACAGUGUGAUGGGCCCCUAUGUGGACGGGCUCUCCCGCCUCGCUGUAGCCUGCUAUAAGGAUGUGGAGUCCCUGAUGUCGGAGGGGAACAAGUCGCGCACGGUGGCAGCGACCAACAUGAACGAGGAGAGCAGCCGCUCCCACGGGGUGUUCAACCUCAUCCUCACACACACCCUGACGGACCGCACCACCGGGACUCAGGGAGAGAAGGUGAGCAAGCUCAGCCUGGUGGACCUCGCCGGCAGCGAGAGAGCCGCCAAGACCGGGGCGGCGGGCGAGAGGCUGAAGGAGGGCAGCAACAUCAACAGGUCCCUGAGCACGCUGGGUCUGGUGAUCUCAGCGCUGGCCGAGCAGGGAGCCGGAAAGAACAAGAACAAGUUUGUCCCCUACAGAGACUCAGUCCUCACCUGGCUGCUCAAGGACAGUCUGGGCGGCAACAGCCGCACGGCGAUGGUUGCCACGGUGAGCCCGGCGGCGGACAACUACGAGGAGACGCUGUCGACGCUGCGCUACGCCGACCGCGCCAAGAGCAUCGUGAACCACGCCGUGGUCAACGAGGACCCCAACGCCCGCAUCAUCAGGGAGCUCCGGGAGGAAGUGGAGAAGCUCCGCGACCAGCUGACCCAGGCCGAGUCCCUGAAGGCUCCGGAGCUGAAGGACCGUCUCGAGGAGUCUGAGAAGCUGAUCCAGGAGAUGACCGUCACCUGGGAGGACAAGCUGACCAAGACUGAGGCCGUCGCCCUGGAGCGCCAGAGGCAGCUGGAGAGCCUGGGCAUCUCGCUGCAGUCCUCUGGGAUCCGCGUGGUGGAGGACCGCUGCUUCCUGGUCAACCUCAACGCUGACCCCGCCCUCAACGAGCUGCUGGUCUACUACCUCAAGGAGCACACCCGGGUGGGCUCGGCGGACCCCCAGGACAUCCAGCUGUGUGGGAUGGCCAUCCAGGCGGCGCACUGCGUCAUCGACAUCACGGCCCAGAGCGGGGUGGUGCUGACCCCCCACCGCAACGCACGGACGUGUGUGAACGGAGCGGUCCUCUCCGCCCCCCUCCAGCUUCACCAUGGCGACCGCAUCCUCUGGGGCAACAACCACUUCUUCAGGAUCAACCUGCCCAGGAACCUGUCCCAGGUGGGGGCUGAGGGGGAGGGGGAGGAAGAGGGCGUGGCCAACAUGAAGGCGGACCUGAGCUCUGAUAGGCCGGAGGAGGCGAGCGACGGGGCGGGAGACAUGAGCUUCGGAUACGAGUUCGCCCAGACGGAGGUCCUGAUGAACACCAUGGGACAGGACGACCCCAUCCACGCGGCGCUGCACACGCUGGGCCGUCAGUACGAGGAGGAGAAGAGGAGCGCCCUGGAGCGCCAGCGCCUCCUCUACGAGCAGGAGCUGGAGCACCUCCGCAAGCACCUCCCCCCGGAGAGGAGCGGCGCCCUGCUGGAGCCCGGCCCCGCCCCCUCCUGCACCCCCCUCGCCCGCAUGCGGCGCUGGAGUGAGGACAGGGAGGCCAUGAUGAGUCGGGGGCUGCUGCGGCUGCGGGAGCAGAUCGUGCGGACCCAGCUGCUGGUGCAGGAGGCCGGCUUCCUGUCCGAGGAGCUCGGCAAGAAGACCGAGUACCUGGUCACGCUGCAGAUCCCCGCCGCCAACCUGGACGCCAACCGCAAGAGAGACGUGGUGCUGUCGGAGCCGGCAGUGCAGGUGCGCAGGAAGGGGCGGGGCAAGCUGAUCUGGUCCCUGGAGAAGAUGGAGAACCGGCUGCUGGACAUGAAGGACCUGUACCAGGAGUGGAAGGACUGCCAGGAGGACACCAGCGUGACGCGGUCGUACUUCCGGCGGGCGGACCCGUUCUUCGACGAGCAGGAGAACCACAGCCUGGUGGGCGUGGCCAACGUGUUCCUGUCCUGCCUGUUCCACGACGUGCGGCUGCAGUACGCAGUACCCAUCAUCAACCAGAAGGGGGAGGUGUCGGGCCGGUUACACGUGGAGGUGUGUCGUGGCUCUGAGGACCCCCCCGACCCCCCCCAGACGGACUCCGACGCCCCGGAGCGCACCCUCACCUGCGUGGUGAGGAUCCUGCAGGCCACCGGGCUGCCCCGCCACCUGUCCAACUUCGUGUUCUGCCAGUACCGCUUCUGGGGCCAGGAGCAGCCCCUGUACAUCACCCCCGAGCUGGAGCUGCAGGGGCCCCCCGGGGCCAAGGACCCCCACUGCACCGUGGUGUUCGACAGCACCGAGAGGCUGACGGUGAGCGUGACGGAGGAGCUGGUGGAGUUCCUGGCGGACGGGGCGGUGGCCAUCGAGGUGUACGGCCACAAGCUGCUCCACCACCGAAGGAACCUGGCCCUCUGGGACCUGGAGGUCAUCCAGGCCAAGACGCGCUCGCUCAGAGAGAGGUGGAUGGAGGUGACCCGUCGUCUCCAGCUGUGGGUCCAGGUGAUGGAGCUCAGCGAGGCGGGGGUCUUCAGCCCGGUGGAGGUGCUCCCAGCCCGGGACGUGGCCACAGGGGGGGUCUACCAGCUGCAGCAGGGUCAGUCCCGCCGGGUGUGUGUGGAGGUGCGGGGGGUCCCCGAGUCCGGGACCAUGCCCCUCAUCGCCGCCUCCAUCCACUCCGUCGCCAUCGGAGACGUCCAGGUCCGCAAAACACGCCCCCCCCGAGGCAACCAAUCACAAUGGGAUGAAGAGGAGGAUAUGGACAGCUACCAGGAGAUAGAUCUGGAGAGGAUGCGGGAGCAGUGGUUGGCGACGGUUACGAAGCGACAGGAGUAUCUGGACCAGCACCUCCAGAAGGUGGUCUCCAAGCCAGAUAAGUGUGAGGAGGACGUGGAGCGCGAGGCCCAGCUCCUGGAGGGCCGCCUCACGCUGACGGAGGAGAGGAACGCCGUGCUGGUCCCCGCCGAGGGCAGCGGCAUCCCGGGGGCGCCCGCCCAGAGGGUUCCGGUCCCGGGGAUGGAGACCCACGUCCCGGUCCUCUUCCUGGACCUCAGUGCGGAUGACUUCCAGGACAGCCUGUCCCCCAGCCUGGCGGGGGGGCAGGACGCGCUGCUCUCCGGGGAGGACGAGGACGCCUUCUUCGACCUCCACAUCGUCAGGCACCAUGACGACCAGGCGACGGCGGAGGCGUCCUGGGACUCGACGGUCCACGACUGCGCGGCGCUGAGCCGGGCGGGGCCGGCGGACCAGAGGGUGUUCCUCACGCUGAGGGCGGUGGUGCAGCUCAGCCACCCGGCCCGCAUGCAGCUGGUGCUGCGCAAACGGCUCUGUGUGGCCGUCAACGGCCGGCAGGGUUUCGCCAAGAGCCUCCUGCGUAGGGUGUCCCAGCGCAGCUCCAUCCCCGGCAGCGGCGUGACCUUUGAGGUCGUGUCCAACAUCCCCGGGGAGAUCCAGGGGCCGGAGGACCGGGAGAUGCUAGCCCGGCUAGCUGCUAGCAUGGACGACAGCCAAUCAGAGGCCAGUGAGGCGGCCAUUGAGAAGUACCUGCGCAGCGUCCUGGCGGUCGAGAACAUCCUCGCCUUGGACCGCCUUCGACAGGAGGUAGCUGUAAAGGAGCAGUUAGCCGUUAAAGGGUCCCCCAGACGCUAUCUCAGCUCCCCUAUCGUCAACCAGGGUUGGGAGAGCCACCAGGACCUCUUCUCUGCCUCCCCAAGCUCACGACGGACUCUACCGAGCUCCGCCUCCCAGACCCUACACCCAAACCCCACCCUCCUCCACCCAAAUACAGGCAAGGCGGUUCCCAAGCUGCUCAACUUCCUGGUACCUGAUGAUAGAGAGGAGAUGCCAGCCAAUCAGCAGGCGGUUCCCACCAUCAUGGUCCAGUCCGCCAGUGUGGACGAGGCCCUCGGCCAGACCCCCGCAGUUCCCGCCCCGCACACCCUCCCACCGGAGGACCAACCGGAGGCUCCCUCCGUGUCCAGGCCCCUCCCGCCCCCCGUCGUCCCGGAGACGAAGGACACCGCCCACAGCCCCCUCAGCCAAUCCUCCAGCGGCUACGCAUCCACCAGCAUCUCCACGGCGACGCUGUCGGACGUCUACACGCUGAGCUGGGACCUCCCCCCGUUGCUAGGCAACGAGGCCGAGCACCCGCAGGCCCCGCCCACCUCCUCCUCCCCCUCCAAAGCCUUCCUUCAGUCCCUCCGACCGCCCGACCAAUCGGAGCCCGGCUCAGACGAACAGGAAGUCAGUGAGGCGACGGAGCCAUUCGGUGGAGAUCAGGUGACAUCAUCUGGUCUUCUGGAACCGCAGGUUCUGACAGAACCACCAGAGCAGGGGGUCAACCAAUCAGGACCCUUAGACCAGGAGGACAACCAAUCAGGAUCCUCAGAGCAGGAGGACAACCAAUCAGAACCCUCAGACCAGGAGGACAACCAAUCAGAACCCUCAGACCAGGAGGACAACCAAUCAGGACCCUCGGACCAGGAGGACAACCAAUCAGGAUCCACAGACCAGGAGGACAACCAAUCAGGAUCCUCAGACCAGGAGGUCAACCAAUCACAACCCUCAAAGCAGCGGGUCAACCAAUCAGGAUCCUCAGACCAGGAGGACAACCAAUCAGGAUCCUCAGAGGAGGGGGACGACCAAUCAGAAGCCCCGGUCCUGGAGAACAACCAAUCAGAAGCCCCGGUCAUUGAGAACAACCAAUCAGAAGCCCCGGUCCUGGAGAACACCCAAUCAGAAGCCCCGGUCCUUGAGAACAACCAAUCAGAAGCGUCCUCAGCAGAACGAUUGAUGCAGGCAGAAUCUGCCUCCUCCUCUUCACCUCCUCCUGAAGACCUGGACCCAGUACCAGCUCUGGACCAGGUGGACCCAGAACCAGCUCUGGACCAGGUGGACCCAGAACCAGCUCUGGACCAGGUGGACCCAGACCCAGCUCUGGACCAGGUGGACCCAGAACCAGCUCUGGACCAGGUGGACCCAGAACCAGCUCUGGACCAGGUGGACCCAGACCCAGCUCUGGACCAGGUGGACCCAGAACCAGCUCCGCCCCUGGUGGACCUGGGGGAGGGGCUUCAGGACCCAACAAUGACCCGGACUCCAUCCGAACCAGACGAGCAGGAACCAGCAGAACCAGUAGAGAGUUACUCUGGUCCCAUCCCCGUCCUGACCUUUACCCCGGCGCUGGACCAGGACCAGGACCAGGAACCUGUAGACCCUGAAGAACCAGUCCCGCCCUCCCAGACCCAGGACCCCUCCCCCCCAGACCCGGCCUGCUCCCCGGCUCCAGCCCAGGCCUCUGUCCCUGGUCCCCAGACCCAGACCUCUGGUCCUAGUCCCAACACCCAGACCCCUGGUCCUGGUCCUGGUCCCCAGACCCAGACCCCGGCUCCUGGUCCCCCCCAGACCCCU